UUGGCUACUGUUCUGGAAGUUGAUACAGAGUUAGUAAAGCAAGCAGUGUCUCUGUAUUGUCGUCUACAUUUUGCUAAGAAGCUAGACCCAGAAAGUGACCAAGAAAAAGCCAGAAGACACCCUUCCUGGUUGAAUGUAUCAACCAAUACCGAUAGUCCACAAGCCGACAUAACCCCCCUAACACUGACCCUAACCUCAACAGACCACGCCCUCGCGACUCCGUCCACGCCCACGACGGAUAGUCCCACCCACUCGACCAAUCACAGCAAUUCUACUGGUUUGAGGGUGGCGUUCUUGUUCGACUCGGCCUUGACGGCGUUUUUGAUGAUGGGGAACCUGUCUCCCGGCCUGAAACGUCACGCGGUGACCAUGUUUGAGGUUGGAAAACUGCAACACGAGAGUCUGGACAGUUUUUUGUGUGAAUUAGAGAAGGUAUCGGCCAUGGAUGCCGACGGUGAGGGAGAGGCUAGGAGGUUUUUCGAUCACGCCGUCAUUUUGAGAUCAACUAUUAUGGCCUUGCGGAAGCUAGAUGGUCCUGGGUUAGAUUUAGUGAGGUUAGAAAGUCUGAAUUCGUUGGACGAAGCCGCUUGUCAGAGACUGUUGAAGAGGAAAUACAGGGUGUUGAUUGCUAUGGCUCCAAUUGGUCGCGAAGUUAGGAUAUCUUCGUUCGCUGCGGGAGCUCCGCCACCUCUUCUAGGCCCCAUCCAUCCGGAGGUUAACAGUUUAUGGUUUAGACUCUUUUUGUAUCAUAUGACCGGUUACGGACCUCCCAGUUUGCUUCUGGCCAAAGGAACGGAACUUAGACGACUGCCCAGGAUGUUUUUGGGCUUUUCUAGGCUCUUGGUGACAUCUUGGCUUCACGAGCCUGCCGUGGUUCCAGUAGCGAAUUUUCUCUACGUUAAUGCUGCCUUACAGUUCGCCCCUGUGUUGAUUCAGGGUUUUGGCGUCCACGAACCUGCGGAAACCAAACUGUUACCGUUCCCAUACAAAUCAGAGGAUUCUGUAAAAAAUAAUCGUUCCAAUUCCGAUACCGAAUCAGUAUUAAAGCGCCACCCCGCUGUCACUAUUUUGACAGAUCUACUCGACUUGAACCACACCUGCGGCUACUUAACCUUCGCAAACGUGGGAGUACUCGAUUUUGGCAGAGCCGAAGGCGAAUCGGCUGAAAUUAGGUUAAAAGGAGCACCAAAACCACGACCAGGAGCUUCCAAGACCACCCAAAGCUCCAACAGCAUAUCAAACGAGAACUUCCGCUUUGAAAAGAAGGAGGAGAAUAGAUUACAGAGUCCUGUAGAGUCGCACUUCGCUCUCACGCCUGUAGAUGGCGGUAGCCACAGAUCGUCACCGACCAACGGGUUUACCAGUCAAGAUUGUACGACGUUACUUCAAGAAGAACUAGACCAAUUAGCAAUUCAGGAGAAACAGAAGCAGGCCUUGGAACAGCUCCAGAGCCCUCUGGACGAAAACGUAGGCAUUUUCAGCCGGAUACAAGAAGAACUUGACAGUCAGCAAAAAGAAGAAGAGCAGGUAGCUGAAGUUAGUGAGGAAUCAGACAGAAACAGCAGUGUUUGGACACUGCUUGAUUGUCAUUUCGGGGUUCCCCUGUUCGAUGCAGACGCCAAUACGAAAAUUUGUGAUGCUAUUGUAUCUGGAGCGCUGGCAGAAGAGAAUAG